AUGCGCUGUGUGAGAAAGGUAGAUGACUGUGAGAGAAAGGUGGAUGACUGUGAGAGAAAGGUGGAUGACUGUGAGAGGAAGGUAGAUGACUGUGAGAGGAAGGUAGAUGACUGUGAGAGGAAGGUGGAUGACUGUGAGAGAAAGGUAGAUGACUAUGAGAGAAAGGUGGAUGACUGUGAGAGGAAGGUAGAUGACUGUGAGAGGAAGGAAGAUGACUGUGAGAGGAAGGUGGAUGACUGCGAGAGGAAGGUAGAUGACUGUGAGAGGAAGGAAGAUGACUGUGAGAGGAAGGUGGAUGACUGUGAGAGGAAGGUGGAUGACUGUGAGAGGAAGGUAGAUGACUGUGAGAGAAAGGUGGAUGACUGUGAGAGAAAGGUAGAGGACUGUGAGAGAAAGGUGGAUGACUGUGAGAGAAAGGUAGAGGAAUGUGAGAGGAAGGUAGAUGACUGUGAGAGGAAGGUGGAUGACUGUGAGAGGAAGGUGGAUGACUGUGAGAGGAAGGUAGAUGACUGUGAGAGAAAGGUAGAUGACUGUGAGAGGAAGGUAGAUGACUGUGAGAGAAAGGUAGAUGACUGUGAGAGAAAGGUAGAGGAAUGUGAGAGGAAGGUAGAUGACUGUGAGAGGAAGGUGGAUGACUGUGAGAGGAAGGUGGAUGACUGUGAGAGGAAGGUGGAUGACUGUGAGAGGAAGGUGGAUGACUGUGAGAGAAAGGUAGAUGACUGUGAGAGAAAGGUGGAUGACUGUGAGAGAAAGGUAGAUGGAAAUGCGCUGGGAUCUCACGGAUAUCUGCAUACUACAGAUGACAAGACGGCGCCGCUCUGGUAA